AUGCCUUCAUCAAAUUACCGUGUCGUUGAGCCUCACCCCUCGGUUCCUCAUGCCAGUCGCCCUGCCGUCUACACCGGCCGUGGAGGAUCCGGCAACAUCGUCAGCCUGAAGAACACCAAGACCACCGAGGCUCGCACCGCAACCGGCCCUGCUUCCCUGACCCGCCUCGACUCUCGAGCCCCAACAACCUUCACCUCGGGUCGUGGCGGCGCCGGCAACGUCCACAGCAGCAGCGAGCGUGCCAUCUUCAGCUUCGACGAAGAGCUCGAGCGUGAUAUGCGCCGCGCCGCCCCCGUCUACCACGUCGGCCGCGGCGGUGCCGGUAACACCAUGUACCGCGACGACUCCAGCAGUUCCAGCCUGAGUCGCAAGUACUCCGCCGCCAGCACUGCCACCAACUCCAGCACCGGCUCCGUCGCAGACCGCGCUCGCGACAUGGCCCGCCGUGGUCUUGAGAAGGGCUGGGGCAAGCUCAAGGGUACCGCAUAG